AUGAAUAAACUUAACCGGAUUUGUGUGACAUCUUUGCUUACCAAUUAUCGAUAUUUACAACAAAUCAGGAAUUCCUAUAAUUAUCCAGUAACAUUCGAAAAAGUAGUCUUUCCGCCUGAUGGAAAAUUUCAGUUACCUGCUAUGCCUUCUGAACCCGUUUAUGAUGAAGCACUUGGCGAGGUUAAGAAAAAAUUGAAUAGACGUAUGAUUGAGGCAAGAGGUUAUGAACCUAUACACACAGAGUUGAUUCACAAACAAUUUGGACUUGCUGCUAUCAGUGGUGGCUUCAUAACUGGUGCUGAUUUUGCGUAUCUUCAAGAGCAUGUCAACAAAUUGCUAAAGAAGAAUCAAUUUGCAGUUUGGCGUGUUGAUGCUCCAUGGUAA